AAACAUUCAAUAGAUAGAUGCUACACCUAUAUCGUGUUUCCGUAAAUUCUUCUGUAAUCAGAUGAAUAUGAUUUCAUUUUGUAAAAAAUGUCGAAUUUUCGCCAAAUUUUUUGAUAUUUGUUACCUCUGAAUAAGUAAAAAGAUGCUUUUUACACCCUAGAAUUUGUUGAUUGACAUAUACUUGCAAUGUGAUGCUUCGACAUACAUUGUUUGUACAAACCUUUCACACUAGAUGACUCUUAAGUUUAGUGGAACCUACAACGUUGAAGCUGCAGAGCAGGUGGAUCGCUCGUCUUACCAAAACUCCAUUACAUGUAAUGUUUGGCUUCUUGAUUCUACUGCUGUCGCGUUCAGAGUUGAUAGAGGCUGUAGCGGUCAAACGCUGCUCAAUUUAACGUUCGACUUUCUGGAGCUUUUGGAAAAGGACUUUUUUGGACUUGUAUACACAUUUCAUCAAACAACAGAGGGUAACUUGAUAAAAUGGUUGGAUCCGACAAGAAAAAUCAGGAAGCAGUGUAAAGGAGAAGCAAACUUUACAUUUUGGUUUCGUGUAAAAUUCUACGUUCCUGACCCAGUAUGGCUUCAAGAAGAAUACACAAGAUAUCAGUUCUUCUUACAAAUACGUAAAGAUAUUUUAGAUGGCCGUCUUCCUGUUCCCAAAUCAAUCGCCACUCAGCUAGCUGGGUUAGCCUUGCAAUCUGAAUUAGGUGACUACACUGCUGAAGAAUGUCGACCGGGUUAUGUGAACCAAUUCCGUUUUGUACAAAACCAAAAUGCCGACUUUGAAGCACAAGCAUCUGAAUGGCAUCGUAAAUCGAGUACCCUCUUACCUGCAGCUGCUGAAUUAGAAUACCUUAAUGUGGUCCGUUAUCUGGAUCAUUAUGGAGUUAAAAGUCAUGUGGUUAAAGAUGAGCAACAUAACCUCCAGAUAAUCACUAUUGGAGUAUCUUUUGUUGGAAUAAGUUUAUUUCGUGAUAAUAAAAUGCUACAACAAUAUUCUUGGGAUAACAUUUCGAAAAUCAAUUUCAAGGGAAAACGAUUCACAAUACAUUUUAAAACGAGUUCAAAAUCAAUGAAUGGUCAUGUUACUUCUAUUAGUGGAUUAACUAGUCCAAUCAUAAAUUUUGGAAGUGAAUUAAAACAACAUUAUCGUUUUCCAUCAGCUGUAAGUACUAAAUUAUUUUGGCAAUAUGCAGUUAGUUGUCAUGCAUUUUUUCGUGUUCGUGAACCAAAUUCGACAACGCAACGUAAAUUUACUACUGGUUUAAAUCAACAAGCAUCAACUAUAUCAGCAACAGCGCUUUACGCAGCUAUGUCAAGAAUUGCUAGCGGUUUCCAACGUUAUUUUUCAAUCACUAGACGAAGUAGUCUUUCAACUGCCACUCCUAAUGGUCCAGUUGGUGGAGUCGGUCGUACUUUAUCUACACUAAUGGAAUUAAGGCGUAGCUCCAGGGCCUUUGAUCGUAGUUUUUCAAGAACACAUAGUAGGCGAAGUAAUCCUCUACCUCAAGUCAAUUCAAUUCAAAUUUCAUCAUCUUCAUUCAAACCAGAUAGUUCAACUAGUUUAUUGUCUGGAAAUCCUAUAGAUUCAGUUAAUACAACUGGAAAUCAAUCAAAAUCUUAUGCUCAAAUCCCUCCUGGUGCAAAAAUCACUGGCUCUGCAAGUAGCGGAAUAUUAAGUGACAGUAAAAUAACACGUUCAAGCUAUCGUAGCAGUACUAACCAAAACCGUGAAUCGAAUAACGUUCUAUCAUCUCACACAUCAAUUAAUACUAGUGGCAAAGCAAAGAAGUUAACAACAGAUAUGGAAAACUCUACUAAUGUCAUUCGUUUAUCUAGUCAUUCGAAACAGAGUUGUAAUGAGACAUCAUCUCAAAGGAACCCAACUAAUAUAACAUCUAAUCAUUUAGAUAAACCUCUUCGACCUAAAUCAUUUAAAAUAACUAGCCCAGUAAAUAGUGUUACUGGAGGAGCUACACGAAUCAGUCAACGACGCCAACACAAUCAACAGUCAUCUGUUCCUCUUCAAAACCAACACCAAGAAACGAAUUCCUGUAGUCAUCAACAACACCAUAACCAUUCUACUGUUGUCAAUGAUUCUAAAAUUUUGUCUAAAAAACCUCAGAAACUACAAAUGGUUGAAAAUGUCGAAUAUAAGGAAACAGACACUGUUAAUGCUACAAAUAACAGUAAUUAUACAAAUAAUCAAGAAUUUGAUAAAGAUGAAACUACUGCUUAUUGGAAUACACGCAGAUUACAACGUUUUCAAACAAAUAAUAAUAAUCCUUUCAUUAAUACGAGUACAGCCUCAACAAUAUCAAUGACAGUAACAGCAUCAACGUCCACACCAAUAACGACAUUGAGUAAUUCUUCAAAUUAUUCAAAAACUCAUUCCGUCUCUAAUAUAAAUAAACAUGACGACCCUGAUGAGAAUGAUUAUGUUAAUCAUAACCGUACGGUCAGACGUAUUCGACAUACUCCAAACGACCAACCUCUUACUGUUACAAAUGAUUCAUAUAUUGAUGAAGACCCUCAGUGUUUCAAAUCUUCUCGUGUAUCGUUAAACAAUGCUUUGAAUCGUUCAAACAAUUCAUCUCGUAAUCAAUUAAAUCAUUCUAUCAAAGGUCAUGAUCAAUCUAUUAAUCAGAAAAAAGAGCAUUCAGAUGCAACAAAUAAUAAUGGUGUUGAAAUCGAUAACUCCCAACACACGCGUAAUAAAGGUUUAAAUAGAGAUCCAUUUCAUCCAGGUGCCCCAGACGUUGAAAAUUCACUUCACCUACCUGAUGAAACUAAUGAAUUAAAUUCCGAAGGACUAGUCCGUAUUUCCAUCAGACCUGACAGUCAUGGACGAUUUGGAUUCAACGUUAAAGGUGGGAUUGAUCAUGGAAUGCCGAUUAUAGUUAGCCGUGUCGGUGCUAAUAUGCCUGCUGACCUAUGCAUUCCUAGACUUUCAGAGGGUGAUCAAAUCUUAUUCAUCAAUCAUAAAGAUGUUUCAAACCAGACCCAUUUACAGGUUGUAAAUAUGAUACGUGCUGCAAGUGAACAAAAUUAUGGUACACUUGAGCUUUUAGUUAAACCAAGUGAUUAUGUUACAGAUGAUGUAAAUGAUGACAAUCCUAUCCCAGAUUCUGGAGAUGCUCCUCCAGUUCCACCUAGAUCUUAUAACUCAUCUAUCCGUCGACCAACACUUUCUUUAGAGAAAUUUGCAAGAAAUUCAAAACGUUUAACACGUUUUUCACUUAAAUCAUCAUCAUCUAAUAAUGCAAUGGAUCGAGAUCAUAACAAUAGUACCGUACAUAGAUAUUCUUUUUCUGGUUCCACAUUAUUAGAUUCAAUGAUAGAAUUAGAAAGUCAUUUAGCUGAUGGAUCAUUGUUAAAUCAAUUCGAACAUCUGCCUAGAAGAAAAUCUGGUCUCACAAUGAAUGUGUCUCGUUUAAGCGAGAAUUCAAUAAAAAAUCGUUAUCGUGAUAUUUCACCAUAUGAUCAAACUCGUGUCAUAUUAAAACAAGGAUCUGGAGAUUAUAUCAAUGCUAGUUUUGUAAAUAUGGAAUUUCCAAAAUGUGGAGUAAAUCUUCGUUAUAUUGCAGCUCAAGGCCCAUUACCAAAUACUUAUGGUGAUUUUUGGCAAAUGUGCUGGGAACAACAAGUUUGUUUAAUCGUUAUGUUGACAGCUAUAAGUGAACGUGGUCGAGCAAAGUGUCAUCAGUAUUGGCCAGAUCUCAAUCAUACAGUAAACUUUUCCGUUUCUUCAAGUCCCAGAAUUUCACAGUCCCGUAGUUCAACAGAUCUACAAUUAAAAACUGUACGAGAGGAGAUCAUUACUGAUAUUGCAUAUCGGGAAUUCGAUAUUAGUCAAAUUCCUUCACAUCGUGCCUCUUUGCAAUCAGUGUUAAGGAAACAAACAGAAACACGUCGUAUUUCACAACUUCAAUAUAUUAGUUGGCCAGAUCAUGGUGUACCAAAUGAUACUGAUCAACUUAUAUCAUUUGUAGAACAAGUUCAACGAAUUCGUGGCAAAAAUCAAACACCUAUAGUUGUACAUUGUUCUGCCGGUAUUGGUCGAACUGGUGUACUAAUUGCUAUUGAAACAUCAAUUAAUUUAAUGGAAUGUAAUUAUCCAGUUAAACCUUUAGAGUUAGUUCAACGAAUGCGUGAACACAGAGCUAUGCUUAUUCAAACCACUGGUCAAUUUCAAUUUGUAUGUGAAACUAUUCUCAAGGUCUUUCAUCGCAAUCAUGCUGAAAAUUUGCUCAAGGAUUCUACUGCUAUAACAAGCCAAUCUUGAUAAAUUAUUUGUAGAAAACAAAAAUAAUUCAAACAAUGAAAUGAGAAAUUUUCUACACAUCAACAUUUGAAAAUCCCAUCAUUGAUAUCUAUUCUCACUUUAAAUAUUCAAUUGUCUAUAACUACUUGUUAAUACUGUAUAUUAUUAUCACUAAUCUUUAGUUUUAAUUAUUUGUUCAGAAGGCAAAUGGUUUCUUUGUCUGUUUCCAACUUUUAUCAUAUAUAUAUAUAUAUCCAGUUAAUGUUGCGUUUAUUUGGCAAAAGAAUAUCGCAUUACUGUCCAAUCAUUAUAAUAGAUUUGUUUUCCUAUUCUAUUGUUCCAGUGAACAAAAUAUUUUUCAGCUUUUACUUUUACCACAAUUUCGGUGAUAAAAAUAAUGCAUUCUUAGACAAUCUAUUGAAUUUAAUUAACUUAAUUGUGUUUCAAUUCUGUAUAAUCUACUAUGUGAUAUUGAUUUACAUUUUCUUUUCCUUAUAAACUAUUGAUACCUUGAGUUUUAUUACAUAUCUUUGUAAUUAACAAAUCCUAUAAUCCACUUAUUAGUUAAUCAUGUCUAUUGUUUGCCAUCAUAUUGACAACAGAUUAUUGAUUGAUAUUGUUAUUGUCUGUUGUUCCUUAGCUCAUUAUGUCUAAAGCAAAAGUCUGUAAGCAUACAAAGUUGAUGAUAGAGUGAUAUGCAUUUUUUCCCUCAAGUAUCAACUUUUUUUACAAUAAUUUUAGAUAUCUUUUGUCUAAAAUUUCAUUUAACUGAUUAAUGUUUUAGUUGACUUGUAAUUAACAGGAGAGACUAGACAAUGAAUCACUUCUUCAUUUUAUUCAUUCCUUUGGAUCACCUUUAUCAAACGCCCUAUUGACACCUCGCUUUACAUUUGUAUGAGGAGGAGAAAUUAGUUGUUCCAUUUACGAUGAAUUAUAAUUUCAAUUACAAAUGAAUACGUUAUUGAUUUCUUUUCAUAGGUUUCGGUGUUUUUUCGCUGUUUCUUUUUUGCAUCUUGGUCACUGUGGUUUGGUUAGCUUCGUAUUUUUUUUGGGGUUUACGAAAUCAGAAAGUUAUUAAACGAAAAAAUAUGUUUUCUUUUAAACAAAUACACACAAAGAGGCACACACGAAUACAUACGUGCACAGUUACAUACAUUACAUAUUUUCAUAAAUGAUUGCACAAUUUUUUUACGCGUUAAUAAAUCAGAUUUCACUUUUUUUCCUUUUAUACCUUUACACACAUUUAAUAAACAUUUUGAAGAAAUUCAACGGUUUACAUUGUGAUUCAUUUAGUUUUUGGAAGGGAGUGAGAGAUUGUUGAUGAAUCGAAAUGUCCGAUAUUUUUAAUGAGUAGAUGUUGACUCAAGUGCUUUUAUUACACAUCGUUGAGAAAAAUUAUUGAAAAUAAAUGUGGAUAGUGAAUAA